CUCACUUCUAACAGAGGAUCCUCUCUAGCAGCCGUGUGCUUCUGGCCGGCGCGUCGGGGCGUUUUCCCAACAGCUCGGAAUCCGACGAGACAAGAACGAGGCGCCGGGCUCGGGAGGCCGUGCCGGGCGCCGUGUCAGUUUCGUUUUUCUUUCUGUAGUGUCUUGUUCUUUCGACCCUUUUCUCUUUUCUUGUCGAUCCGCUGUCGCCUUCGAUUCCUCACCCGACUUCCUGGCGAAGAGUCGCCGCGCCUGCUCACAGAGUCUCGUGCCAUGGCUGCUUGUCUUUGCGCGGGUGGCUGUUGCAGUUGGUAGAAAUUGUAAGAGAGUCGUCUUUGCUCGAGAAAGGUCCUCCAGUACACCGUCUUUCUGGCGGUAAAAAGAGGUUUUUCUCGAGCCUCGACUUUCUGCUAGCUGCGCGUGUCGCCGUCUUCAGCCAGAGGCAGAACCGGGGAAAGAAAGGCAGAAGUUCUUCCAUUUCUUCAAACAGUUGUGCUUUCAAGACUUGCUUCGUGUAGAGGCGACUUCUUUCGAUGUCCUUCCGCAGGCGCUCGUUUCAGUGAGGCGUCAACUGCUCGAAUAGUGGCGCGUCAGCAUUGCUGUGUAUCGCCUCUGUGGCUUCGCAUCCUCAAUCCCACCUUGCAACAUCUCUCCAGUUCCUUUGUACCUUUCUGGAAAUUCCUCUUGCACUGGUCGAAAGUCUGCCUUGGCUUCUCCCCCUCUUCACAGACCGGAAGAAUGCGGAGCAGACGACCUCUUUUGCCUCUUUGCGCGCGGAGAAGGGGCGAGAAGACUUUUUUUUUCUUUCGUUUCAGAGACCAUCUCGAAAUGUGAACUUUAUCUUCUUCUCCUUUCCUGUGUGCGUCGGGUCAGAAGCUCGGAGAGAAAUCACAGACGCGCAAGUCCGCGCCGCCGCUUACUUGGUCUUCUUCGUCGCUGCCGCUUUCUUCUUUCUUGCAGAUAGUAUAGUCCACUCUUCCGCCCCUUUCAUUCGUUACACCUUCGAAUCUCUUUCGUUUCUUCACCAGGUUGGCCGUGAGUCUCUUUGACAAAGAUGAAGCACCCAAGCGCGUCUGCAGCGAAGCGCCUUUGCCCUUCCUUCUCUUCUUCCUCAGGCCUACGAAGAUGGAGCGUCUGCACGUACUCCGCAUCAGACCUUCUUGGGGGGCCUUCAACAUCUGCGGUCUUUGCCAGACAGCCGUGGUCCCCAAACUCGCGCGUUUCUCGCCUUACCUUCCUCAACAGGACGCUGGUCCAUUUCCCAGACUCCCUUUCUUCCUCGCUGAUUCUCAAAUACCCCCCAUGUUCUCCUCUCUCAUCCCGUCUUUCUUCUUCUCUGUCGUCGUCAUCUUCUCUUUCGUUGUCUUCUUCUCUUUCUUCGUCUUCUUCUCUUUCUUCGUCUUCUUCUCUUUCUUCGUCUUCUUCUCUUUCUUCGUCUUCUUCUCUUUCUUCGUCUUCUUCAUCUCUUUCUUCGUCGUCUUUCCGCGCUUCGUCUCCGCCUUCAUCUCGUCCAGCGCAUCUGCUUCCUUCUUCUCCCUAUCUUUGCUCGCUUCUUUCUUCUGGUGGAAACUUCCGCGUUCAAGAGUUGAAGGCGGCAAAACCAGCAGGUGGAAACGAUUUACGCCUUGUCCGCAGCAUAGGCUGUGCGCGGACUGUUUCUUCGCCUUGGGGUUGUCGCCGGUUCUUCGCCUCUGAGCAAGAGCAGCGGGAGCAAGAGACGGGCAUGGAAGAAGAGGAGAGAGGCGAAGAGAUGGAAGACGCCGAGGACGAAGCGCCGACGCCAGAAAACGAUGACUCUCUCCAGCUUAUGCAGCAGAUGGCAGACUCCUUCAACCAGAGACCCACGGGUGGUGCGCGCCGAAACAAGCAGCCGCACACUGUCCACGUUGUUGACGACCUGUCGAUACCUUCUCUCUCCGCUGCCUACUCUGCGUCUCCCUCUUCUUCCUCGUCCUCUGCCUCGCCGGCAUCCAGUUCUCUCUCGGCGUCGUCAGCGACUCCCUCGCGAUCUGAGGAAACCGCGUGGAGUGACCCCGAUGCCGUCUUCUUCGCGGACUCGCCAGAUCACCAGUCUGAAGGCAUAUCUUCUUCUCCUCCGUCUUCUUCUCCGGCAGCGUCUCCUUCCUCUUCUCCUUCGCCUGGCGCUGAGCCGAGGGACGGCGGAGGCAAUUCUUCUGAGAAACUGCAUGCAGGCGGCAGCUGUUCUCUGGAGGCUGCGAGCGACAGACCGGAAGAUAACUGGGGUCGGUCACGAGCCCGCGAUGAGAUGCUUCAGGACGAGACAGAAUUCGUCGUGGUGGACGUCGAAAAGCUGAGAGAAGAAUCGAAACUCAAUCUCCUGCCCGUCCAGCAAGUUCUGCGCACUCUCGUCGAUACGUACCCCGGCAUGUACGUAUGGCGAGACGGCUUCGUCCACACUGUGAAGCAGCUCCUGGCGGCCUCCGACUUUUCUCCUCCGCGACACGUUUCAGACGAGGCUCUCAACCAAGCCUUUGACUUCCUGGACAGAAGCAACAACGAAAUCAUCGAUCUCCUCGAGGCAGUCCGUGGUCUUCCCCAACUCUGUCGAGCGAGUCAUGAAGAUCGAAUCAAAGCACUCUUCGAGCUUUUCGAUCGCCGCCGAAGUCGCCGCCUUCACUUUGACGAAGUCAUGGAGGUCUUCUGCUUCAUCUACCGAGUCAUCUUGACUCCGUCGAUGGUCUGCCAGCUGAAGGAGGCGUGUCUCCACUUCACGACGAUCGACGACCUCGCAUUGCACACGACGCAGCAGCUGUUCAGUCGCCUUCGACCCCGAGCUUCCUCUCCCCAGACGUUUCGUUUCUCCUCCAUUUCCUUCCGACACGGGAACCGCCUCGACGCUGCGAGUGACGAAAUGAAAAAGGCGCAUUCAAAAGCAGCUUCAGUCCACAGCGACGCUGCCGCCACAGCCGCCUACCGCCGCCCGCCGUGGCGAACCGAAGAAGACUUCGGGUGUAUAGACACCCGGGGGGCGCGCGACGCGGAUCCGGUGCAGAGGACUCAAAAAAACUCGUCGGGAAGAGAGAGUCCCUCCCUCGUAAAAGUAGGAGAAACAAAGGCGCAAGAAGCGGUGGAGAGAGAGAGAAGAGAUCUACGGUUUCUGUUCGAGCAGAGCGACCCGUGGAGGCAAGCGCAGAAACGCCGCGACGAAUUCAUUUCCUACAGAGAUUUCAAGGAAAUCUGCGCUGCACUUCCUCCCAGUGUUGGUCUGUCUCGAGCCUCUCUCCUGGAGCUUCCGUUGAUCGUUCUUGUUCGAGACGUUUCGGCUCCGCCACGCUCUCACGUUGUGAUUCGCCGUCGCCGACGAAAGUCUGUUCAACACGGGGCCUUCGUGUGGGGAUAAAGCGCGUUGGAAAACGUCUCGUUUUGGAUCGGGGAUUUUCCUUUGUCCGUUCUCCCCGUCCUGCGGACGUUUUCUCGCGUCUUGGUAGCAUCUGCCUGUCCCUCCAAGAAGAAGGCGCCUCCAGUCCGCGUCUCAUGGAGGAGAAAGAAGUCUGCGUCUUUAGCGCCUUCUGUGGCCUACACUUUCUCUUCUUCUCUCUGCAGUCCUCCUCCCUCUCUCCAUUCUGCCUCUCUCUCUCUCGUUUCCUCCUCUCUCUCUCUCCGUUUUCGCACAGUUGCUGGGGCUUCGCCCUGCAGGGCAAGCAGGACAACGGGUCUUUGCCCCGGCGUUGUCUGCAUGCAGUGGUCGCGCGCGCGAUUCCGUUGUGUUCGUCGGUGAGUGUUGAAAUUGUGCGGCCUCACUCAGCUCCCGAAGAGUUCGUCCAUUUUUCAACAAUGUAGCAGCAGGGGGUAUGCCUCUCAGGAGGUCGCUCGUUUCUAUACGCUUCCAUUUUCCAAGGAGUUAAUCCUGCGUGUUCCACUCCUGCCGCAAAUCCUCAAGGGCGCUAUUGACCUAGAGAAGUUCCCCUGUUUUCCUCUUGAGCGCCAUGUUGAAAGAUCAAACAUAAAGGGAUCUCCUUUCGGUGGACGCGCCUGCGCUCGUGUAGCAGCCAGCUGUAAUGGAGAGAAAAGCUUUUUCAGUCGUUUGGGGGGGGAGCCCAAGUGCCUGUUGCACAAAACGCAGGAAUUUUAUCUGGGUGUCGUUAGUUGACGUUCGCUCCGAAACGGCCACAGGGUUCGGGCGAGUUUCACUGGAGGCUCUCUUGCGCGUCGUUGUGCUACAUUGGGAUCAAGAGUUUCUCGAACUUCCGAGUCGCCGUCCUCACAUUCGUCUGUCCUGCCUAGGAAAGGUCUUUUUGAACGCGAGUUUCUUCCACCUUAUGUGGACGCAUUUGAGAUCCCACGGGUGGAGUGCGAAAAUGAGACAAAACGCGGUUGCUGAAAAAAAUGAGUUUCAGAGCGGAGAAAGGAGACGUGAUAGCGCCUGUGGGCCUCUGAGACAAAGUACCGAAAUGCAAAUCAAAGAGAUUUUCUCCCUCGCAGUUUCACUUCCCACCCUUCGAUUCCUUCACCUUGUUCGUCUUGUCUACCUUUCUUUUCUCUUUCUUUCUGGUCGACGAGCGUGACCUUCCACCUUCGCCCUGACCUUCGCGCUACUCCCUCUCCUCCUCUACGGUUUCUGUCUUCUCCCGUCUCGCCGUUCAUUCCGGUUGCGUGUUCCCCUGAAAGACUCUAUCGGCUACGUUCUCUCUUAGAAAGACACAACUUGCAAAGGUCCCGAAAACCAGCGUCGCAUGUUUUCAUGAACAGAAAAGCCCAGAGAGCUGACACAUUACGGAUUCCAACACAACAUGUUUUUUCAUUUCUUAACUAUUCGCAGCUCCAUGGUGCCUGCAUGUAACUCGAGGGCUCACACACCUACUCUGAGUAGAGAUUCGCAAGGUCGUGCCGACGCGAACACUGCCUUUCGUUGACAGAAAGUCUUCAGCGACACUGUAGGCUUUCCACACGGACUGGAGUCGAAACGCCGAAAAUCCCCCGCCUCCGUUUCAAGCCUGCACCACACAACCACCGAGCCGUCGAUGUUCCCCUUUUUCUGUGGUUUAAUGCGUUAGCAGGGAAAGAUGGCGACCUCGCAUGGAUGACUUUCGAUUUUUCUUUCAUCUCUCGCUUUGAGUCAAAUAGUUAAGGAGAGUCUCCCGGCAUCCGAAUCGCACCUUUCCGCAUCGCGUCCUUCUCGUUCGCCUCUCCUCUCUUUCUCGUUUCCGUUUUUCUUUUUCUGUCUCUUAACCUUUUCUUUCUCCUGGAACGUGUACAGCCAGUCGGCGGGAACGCAGCGGACGCGAAAGAGAAACGCGAAGUUCGCGUUUGAAACAGAAUGGAGAUGGUCACCUGUCUCUUCA